GCAGCUCUUGUUAAACCAACAUGCUACAAGGAAUCUCUGAGGAGGUAUUUAAUGGUUAAGGUGCAAUGUCCACAGUCAAAAUAUUUAAGAGUCCCAUACGUAUGCAUGUCAUGUACUCCUUGAAUGGAAGGAGUAAAAUUUGGAAAAGAAAAACAGACCACAAAAGGACAAGUUAUAACAUAGUAAAGAAAUAUCUAUCCAUACACAUAUAUAUAUGCACAUUUGGUCCAUGUAUCAUGUUCAACGAAAUUAAUCUUUCCACUGGAGCCAUCCAUGAUUAGUUUUGAGAUUAUAGGAUUGAGGUGUCAAUCUUCCUGAUAAGUUUUUUUAUCUCAUUGCAAAAGGAAACCUAAAGCUCUCAAAUAUGGAUUUCAUCGUCCUGUGCUUUUAUUUCAAGUACCAUGAUAAAAUUACAAGCUUUAUUAGGCUGAGUUGUGUUAUUACAUUAAUACGACCAAGCCUAUGAUGUGGCGAUUAUGCUUAUUUGCCCCAAAGAACAGUUUGAGCAUAGUAAAACGUUUGGGGGCAAGAAAGGCAUUAUCUUGCCCAACUUUCUCCACAUCUUUUGAUCUCAGGAACGAAGUUGAUGAAAGAGAAAGAAAAAGAAGGAUCAAAAUGGGUAUGGAAUGCAAGCUUGUGUGGCUUUGUAUGUCAGGGACGAGGCCAAGGGACGAUCCUGUACAGGCUAUGCCUACUACACUAAACAGUGCAGAGGUCAGGUCAGAUCAGGUCGCAGUUGGUUAGCUCCUCUGCUCGACUGUAUAUUUAAUCUUCCACGAGCCAUAUCUACUCACAACACUCUCUCCCUGAAUAAUGUCCUCCUAAGACAGUUAAAAAAGAAGAUACUAUUGUAGUCUAUCGAGGUAAGAAAUAAGUAAAAAGGCAAAAAGAAAAAGAAAAGGGAGAGUAGGUGAAUAUGUGUAUGUAUCAUAGUGCAAGUAGGACAAAAGGAUAAAAGAAAAAAAGUAGGACAAAAGGAGUUUCCUGUGGGAGGUUCCUUCCUGAAAUAUAUAGAGGGAAAGAAGGAGACCGGUGAAGCAGCUUCCCAUGCUGCAGGGUAGUCUUGCAUGCAAAGGCUUCCCAGGGUUGUCUUAGUAGAGGCUUAGCUUCUUAGAGAAAACUUUGGUUCCUGAUUCAUUUUUGAUCUCUCAGACAGCAGGAGGAAUCAGCAGUGGAAAUGGGUAAGGGUGAAGACUUCGAGCUCCUAAAAAUCCAGACCCACAUCCUGAAGGUGAACAUACAUUGUGAUGGAUGCAAGCUUAAAGUAAAGAAACUCCUCCAUAGAACUGAAGGAGUCUUCUCAGUAAGCAUAGAUGUAGAACAGCAGAAGGUCACAGUUUCAGGAAAUGUGGACUCUGAAACUCUGAUCAGGAAGCUGAUCAAAGCACGUAAGCAUGCAGAGCUAUGGACUCAAAAGAUCAACCAGACUCAGCAGCUCAACCAGCAAAAGCAGCAGCAGAAGCAAGUAGCCAACCCCAUGAAGGAUGCCAACAAAAACAACAAAGAACAAGACAAACAAGGCCUCAUGCGAGGCCUCAAAGCCUUCAAGAACCAGCACAACAAGCUUUCCCCAUCCAGCUCCGAUGAGGAAGACUUUGAUGAUGAUGAUGAUGACGAUGAGGAUGUAGAUUAUGACGAAGAAGAAGAUGAUGCUGAUAUGCAAAAUCUUGAUAGUCAGAUGAAGCAAACUAAUUUCAUGAGGCAGGCAAACAACGCCCCAACCAACGCAAAGCAAAGUGGGAACGGCAAUGGAAAAGCUGGUGCAAAUGCCAAAAUUGGAUGCAACAGGAAGGGGGGAGAAAAUGCUAACCAAAACCACAUCAAAAGUCCAAAUGAGUCACAACAAAAAGGCACCAAUGCUGGAGCUAACAACAGGGUGGUCAAUGGCAAUCCUAAAGUUCAGGGCAACAAUGGGGUGAUGGGUCUUGGCCCCCCUGGGCUUGGUGGAACCAAUGGAUGCUUGCCAGGAAAUGCUUUCAAAGGCUACACAGGACACCCACCACAAUGUGGGGGUCAAUACCAGUCUCCAGUGACGGUGAACAUGCAGGGCUACCAGACCCAUCCAUCAUCAUCCAUGGUGAACAAUUUGAGAGGGCACAACAUGGUGGUGCAUGAAAGCAGAUACAUGCAGCCUCAGAUGAUGCACCUCAGGACCUCUCAGAUCUCCCCCUACGCUGGUUACUACAACUGCUACCCAAGCCCUUACUAUCUCAGUAACCAAGUUGAUAAUGGUUAUUAUGGUACCCAUCUUUUCAGUGAUGAAAACACUAAUGCUUGUAUUAUCAUGUAAAAAGAAGGUAUGUAGGAUAUGGGAUCAAGUGUUGCUGUUAUGGUUUUCUGUAAGUGGUGACUCAGUGGUGCUCCAAACUGUCAGCAUUCUUGGUGUUACCUUUGGCUGGACAUUUUACUGCCCCCUUGUUCAUGUGCUUUCCACUCUCUUUGAUGCUACUGACUGUUGCCUAAAAAGUUGUAAUUACCAAGAGAACAAGAUAAGAAAAUCUUGGUUUGGUAGACUUAGCCAUUCUUCUACCCUAAGGAAUAUCAUGGCAAUAGAAGGAUUUACUACUCAGACAAAUGUGCAUUACUCAAUACAGCCUGAGAGCAUGAGAAAUGAGAGUAUCCACAAAUAAACUUAAGGUCCACUUCUCUCGAUUGGCGACAAUGAGUGUAGAGUAAGAAAGGAUGAAGCCAUAAAGAAAUAACUUCAAAGGCACUGAGAACAACCACAUAUGCAACCACAAAAUAUAUAAGACUAGUAUAAACUAUAAAG